CCAGACUUGACUUGGCAGGCACAGGUUCGGUCGGUCAACAACUCUAUGCGCUUAUGAAAACAUGGAAUUAUCAUUAGAGGAGGCACUGGCGCUGCUGCCGAAGGACAUCCGCGAGCUGGUGGCGUCUCUUCCAGCCGAGGAGCGCGAAAAGGUCCUGCAACAGCUGCUAGUAGAAUCAGAGAUUGAAUAUCGACCGCUGGAGGAGCAUGACCUUGGCACUAUCAAGGAGCGCACCACUGGCAGCUUCGAGUACGGUUUCAAGGAGGUGGAUGUAGACAUCACGUGGGCCGAGCUCAGCCGGCCCAACUAUGUGUCCCUGGGCGCCUUUGCGGAGCAGGAGGGCCGCCAGGUACCGGUGGCGUUUGUGGUGGCGGAGCUGGUCACGGCGCCGCCCGCGGCAGAAGCCGUAGCUGCAGCUGCAACAGCAGCAGCGGCAGAGGUGGCGGCGCCGGCGGCGGAAGGGGCGGCGGCGGAUGGGGCGGCAGAGGUGACAGGAAGCGCCAGGGACGCGUUGCAGGCCUCCACAAGCGAGCCUGGAGCAGGCACCACCAGCACCACCACCAGCACCAGCAACAGCCCCAAGUCCAGCAAAGGCGCCAAAGUCGGCGGCAGCAGUAGCAGCAAGAAACGCGGCGGCAGUAGCAAGGGGAGCAGCAGCCGGCGGCUGGCGCCGCUGCGCGUGGGCGAGGCGGAGCUGGCGGCAGCCAUGGUGGCGGCGGGCUGUAGCGGGGCGGGGGACGUGGCUGUAGCUGUGUGGUACCUGGGCGUGUCGUACGAGUACCGGCGCCAGGGGCUGGGCUCGCGGCUGCUGGACCUGGUGAAGGAGGUGGGCGAGGCUGCCAGGGCCAAGGCUCUGUGGCUGCAUGUGGCUGACUACAACGACAACGCCGCCGCCUUCUACGCCGCCUACGGCAUGACGUCCCACCCGGCCGUGUACAAGCAGGGCGAGCGCGGCCGCCACCUGCUCAUGAGCUGCCCGCUGGGGGGCACUGGCGCGCAGGGGGAGGGGGAGGAGGGGCGGGAGGGUGGAGAGCAGGGCGAGGAGGAGGAGGAGGUGGAAGUGGGGGUGGGUGCAGGCGGUGGAGGUGGGGGCGCGCGGCGGAAGAGCAGCAGGGGCUUCUCAGGCGGCGGAGGGGGAGGGGGAGGAGGUGGCGGCAAGAAGAAGGGCAAGGGCGGGAAGAGGCGGGCGCUGCCUUCCGGCGAAGAGGAGGGGGAGGAGGGGGGUGUCAGGGGUGUGGGCCAUGCGGCGGGCCGCUGGGGGCUGUUGUGCGGUGGGCAGGCGAUGGCGGGCGCGGCCGCGGGGACGUCGCGGCCGUGGCUGGCGGGGAGGCUGCAAGGCGGCCUGGGAGGUGGGCGUCAGGCGUGUGUGGUGCCGCGGGCAGUGGCGUGGUGCGGUCGGGGAUGGCGAGGUGCGGGUGCGCUGGGGCGGCGGUGGGUGGGCGGCGGCAGCGGGCUAGGGGGGGCGCAGGGCGGCGGCCGGCUGCUGCGGGUGCUGUAAAGGUGAGGUGUGCAGGGGCCAGAGGGGAUGUGCGGCUAAGCAAGAGGCGCGUGCGAGGGAGGUGGUCGUGACUGCAGUGGAUGAGCCGACGGCGGAUGUAACCUAAUCCGGCG